CCCAUUGUCAUUAAAAGAUAACAAAAACAAAACUAUCGUAAUUCAAAAUGAGCGUUGUUGGCCUCGAUAUAGGACUUCAGAACUGUGUGAUCGCGGCUGCCGGUCGUGGUGGAGUGGACGUCAUUCUCAAUGGUAACUCCAACCGUCUCAACCCGUAAGUUUUUUGUUUUUGAUUGACAAGGUUUGUUUGGGUAUUUGAAAGAAUCUAUCCGGUGUCCAAUUUUUAGUUCUUCUUGAAUCUUCGAUGCCUUUCAUUCUGCUCCUCGUGGGAAACCAAAUAUCGCUUGUGUUCAAUUCUAACCCGACCUGCCUUUUCUCGUUGUUUCGCUAACUUUCGACCAACGCGUUGURAUACAAAAAAAAUGGCGUUGCAAUAAUAUUGAAAUUAUAAUGUAAUGUGUUGUUAGGGCCAUGGUCAAUUUCGACGACUCACGCAAAAUGGGGGAGCAGGUCGCCGGAUCGACGUCGAUCUCGAAAUUCAAAACCUGCAUCAGAAACAUGAAGCGCCUCGUGGGCCUUGCCUUUGACGAUCCGCGGGCGCAAAAGGAAAUGAAACGAGUUCCCUACGAAUGCGUUCCUAUCCCUCAUGCUUCUGGGGGACCUCCCUCGGUUGCCGUCAAGGUGACGAACAGCGAAGGGGAGGACACCAUCAUUCCCAUCGAACAGGUCCUGGGAAUGAUCGUGCACCACAUGGGAAUGAUCGCCGCCAAGAAGGCCUCGGAGGCAUCGGGAAGCAAUGUCACGGACGUAGCGGCGUUGUUCCCACAGGACUGGGUCAUUGCCAUUCCUCCCUACUAUACCGAUGCCCAGAGACGGGCAGUCCUGAACGGAUGCAAAAUCGUUGGGAUUCCGGGAGUUCAGCGCCUGAUGCACGAAAACACGGCCACCGCACUGGCCUACGGUAUUUUCAAGGACAUUCGCAAAGAAUUCACUAAGGAAAAGCCAACCAACGUSAUGUUCAUCGACAUGGGAGCUUCCGCGUACACGGUGACGAUUGCGGCGUUCGAGCCCGGCAAACUCACCAUCAAAUCUUGCAACAGCGACGACAGCGUUGGAGGAAGGGAUUUCGACGAUGUGAUUGGAAACUGGAUCGCCGAGAAAUUUGUAGAGAAGUACGGAAAGAAGCUCUCGUGCGCCCCGCAGUCGAAGCCCAAGGUCAUGCUCAAGAUUUUGGCCGCAGCGGAGAAAGCAAAGAAGACCCUCAGUCCACAGGGUGUCAAGGAGGCUUCCAUCAACCUGGAAUGCCUGAUGGAAGACCUGGACUUUAACAUUAUGUUCAAGAAGACGGAUUACGAGGAAAUGAGUGCUCCGCUCCUUUCCAAGUUGGAAGCACCCAUCAAGAAAACUCUGGAAGAGGCCAAAUUGACGACCGCGGAUUUGUCUUCCGUAGAAAUCGUUGGUGGAAGCACCCGCAUCGGAUUCCUGAAGAAAAAGUUGCAAGAGAUUUUGGGAAUCGAGACCCUCUCCACCACCAUGAAUGCCGACGAGUCGGUCUCUCGUGGUGCGGCACUGCAAUCGGCCAUUCUGUCCCCCCGCUUCAAGGUCUUGCCCUACGAAAUUGUCGAGUACGGAAGUCUUCCCGUCAAGCUUGCCUGGGACGAAGACAAGGACCAAGGCAUGGAAGUCGCUGCCGACGGAACGGACACGCCCGCCAAUUCGGUAGUCAUGUUCACCCGGGGACUCAACUUCCCUAUCGUCCGACGCGUCACACUCCGCCGHGACGGAGAAUUCAAGGUCAGCAGCAGCUACGACGCAUCUGCCACGAAUUACGGGUUGGACGCCGGCUCCACGCAGCAAAUUUGCAACUGGUCCAUCAAGGCACCCGCCGGGGAAGAAAAGAAAAUCCGUGUCAAUGUCAAGCAGGACAUUCACGGCAUUGUUCAAAUGAGUUCCGCACAAAUGGUCGAAGAAAUCGAAGAAGAAGAAGCCCCUCCCGCCAAGGAGGAAGCCAAGGCAGGCGAAGAAGCCAAGGAGGGAGAAGCCCCUGCAGAAAAGAAGAAAAAGGUCAAGAGAACCAAUUUGGACUACACGGAAACAAAACCAUUGGAAUGGACGGAUGCCGAGAUUACRAAAUUCACUCAGACAGAAACAGCAUUGAGGAAUACGGACCGAAUCGUGCAGGAAACCUCCGAUAUGCGAAACGAGCUCGAAUCUUACAUUUACGACAUGCGCGACAAGAUUACUAUGGAUUCCAGUCUCGGGGCCUAUGCUACCCAGGCCGAAAAGGAUGCGUUCGUAAAGAAGAACGAGGACACGGAAAAUUGGCUUUACGAAGAUGGUUUCGACGCCCAAAAGGACGUCCUCGCCCAGAAAUUGGGCGAGUUGAAAAAGCUUGGUGGUCCCGUAGAAAAGCGUGCCGAAGAAGCGCAGGCCCGACCGAUCGCCGUUGCUUCGCUCCAGAAGAACGUUGAAAAAUACAAGAAGUGGUUGGCGGACGCACAAGCGAACGAUGACUUUGCCCACAUUACGGAGGAAGAAUUCAGCACGUGUCACAAAAAGUGCGACGAAGUCUCGAACUGGGUGUACGAGAUGCUGGACAAGCAGGGUUCGCUAGCCCAAAACGUCGACCCGGCAUUCACUGCCGCCGAGGCGAACACCAAGAACAAGGGACUGUCAAACGUUUGCAGUCCCAUUGUCCACAAACCCAAGCCAAAGCCAAAGGUCGAAGCCCCCAAGGAAGAACCCAAGCCUGCUGCCGACGCACCCGCAGCCGACAAGUCUGCCGAACCAGCUCCCAUGGAAACCGAUGAGCCCGGAGAGAAAAAGGAAGACAAAAUGGAAGUCGACGAAGCCUAAGUAAGAAAAGAAACAAACGAGAAAUAGAUUUAGCUGAUAAAA